AUGGCUCCCAUCUCGACGACGCUAGAACACGAUUUGCUCCCGUGUGAUGCAUUUCUAGUGCAAGCCACUGCUGCCAAAAAUCAAAGCCUUAGCACUCAUCCCACGCCAAAAGCAGAGAAUCUCACGGAACUAUCCAUGACGCUGCCGUCUCGCUCUUCAAACGACUAUGUUGACGACAAAGCCAAGCUGGAGAAGAUGGCAGCAGCUGUUACCACAUUACUUGAGUGCAUUGGCGAAGAUCCACAUCGUGAAGGACUCGUCAAGACGCCUAUGCGUAUGGCCAAAGCUUUAUUAUACAACACGAAGGGCUAUAGUCAAAGCCUAGCUGACGUACUGAACGAAGCGGUAUUCGAGGAAGAUCAUGAUGAGAUGGUUAUUGUUAGAGACAUCGAUCUCUAUUCAAUGUGUGAACAUCACAUGGUACCAUUCACUGGAAAAGUGCACAUUGGGUACAUACCAAAUGGAAAGGUUCUGGGACUCAGUAAACUUGCACGAGUAAGUGAAGUCUUUUCUCGUCGUUUACAGGUCCAAGAACGACUUACAAAGCAGAUUGCUACUGCUAUCAUGGGUGUCAUUGAGCCUAAGGGUGUUGCUGUGGUCAUUGAAGCUACACACAUGUGUAUGGUCAUGCGUGGUGUAGAGAAGAGUGGAGCUAGUACUGUUACGAGCUCAGUACUUGGCGUGUUUAAAAGUGACUCACGUACUCGAAGCGAAUUCAUGUCGCUCAUUCACCGAAGAUAG